UUGGCGUGUGUCCCGCCCACUCGGCAUGGACAGUAGAUUGUCGUACGCACACAGGAGCGGGAGACGUCUGGACGAGCGAAUUAUCGACAUAGAGUGGAGAAAAGACAAGCUCCCACAACUGGAUAUUGAGGUGCCGGCGUACGAGUUGCCCCUACCGGAGGGAGUGGGCCAGGAACAGCUGGAGGGAGAGACCCUGAGUGUGCGGGACAUCGAGGAGAUGUGGAAGGAGAAGCUGAUUGACUCACAACCAGCCGCUGACCUGCCAGACCCGUUCACCUCAUCCAACUAA